CUCGUAUAGUGUUAUCAGCAUUCUCGACGAGAAUCAUAAUGUGUUAUCGUUUUGACUUGCUUGUUUUAAAAACAUGGACAGGUACUGCUGACUUCACGGAAGACGUCACAUGUACAGUAAAGAACGCAUUUACAAUGUGGUGAAUUAUAUGAAAAGUAUGGUCAGCAGGUAUAAGUGUGUUUACCACGGAACACGUAAACUGUCCGGUGGUGUAUUUGUGCUAUUUAUAGUGUGCUAAACGUUAACGGUCAGCCGGAGUACGCUAUAUCACCGUUGACCUGAGAUCUAAGUACGAGAUUAGCGUUAUCAGCGAAGGGAGGAUGGCAGAGUCAUAACGACGGACGGACAUUUGCUAUUGACGAACUAUGGCGGGGGAGCAGAUGAUCCAUCGCUGUGAUAUGAAAAGGAGGCUGAGAUCCCCAGGGAAUAGGCGAUGUCACGUAUCGUGCCAGACAUGCGUGUUGUACACGUUUGGUGUUUCCGUAUUCCUGGUUGUCAUUAGCAACGUAAUUUCGUACACUGCACUAACAAAAAAACCUGGCUUCUUCCGUGAAUACAUCCGGAAUAUGUCGUUUAUGGAUUCUUCUUACAUGACCAAUAGAUCCACAAGAAAUGGUCUCGGAUGGAUGUUACCUGCUAUUAUAAGUAAAACCCAAAACUUUCCGAAUGUGCAUAAUAAAGGAGUUUUGAAAGAGGAUGCUACAUAUCGUUAUAACAUCGUUAAUGGAACGAAAAGUACAUACCAGAGAACAUCUAAACCGGAAACGUUUUUAAGGAAUGGAACAGAGGCUUUCCGAAAAACACAUUUUAUGACUGUUCAAGGAAAUGGUCGUCUUGGUAACCAGAUGUUUCAGUUUGCGGCAUUAUUAGGUGUGAGCGCUUUGCAUAACUACGCACCGUUUGUGGCUCCCCAUCACAAACUUACGCAGAUUUUUGACCUUGCGCAGGCGCGUGUGAUUACUAUGGUAAAUGCACGAGGACACGGAGAAGAGCGCGCAGGCGCAUUCGACACCCGAAUAAAAAACUUAUCACAUUCGAAAAAUUGGACGUUACAGGGAUAUUAUCAAUCCUGGAAAUACUUUGAUCAUGUAGCCAAAGAUGUUAGGAACUCCUUUCGAUUUAAGGCCGAUCUUUAUCAAAAGGCUUUCACAAAAUUAAAGGCUUUGAAUGCUUCCGUCACUGUUGGAGUUCACAUCCGUCGCGGUGAUAUGAACAGUAAACGGGAACUGUCCCGGGGAUAUAAUGUGGCAGACGAGUCAUUCAUUAAAAAAGCUCUUUCUUACUUCCGGUUGAAAUUUAAAAAUCCAGUUUUUGUUUUGAUUGGUGAUGAUGCAACCUGGAUGAGGUCGAAGGUAAAUUAUGACGAUGUUAAAAUUGCCACUUCCGGAAAUGCUGGUGCAGACCUUGCUAUAAUGGCCCAAUGCAACCAUAGUAUCGUCACUUCCGGUACGUAUGGUUGGUGGGGCGCCUUUUUAGCGGGGGGAGAGACUGUGUACUUUCUGGAUUAUCCUAAACCAGGAUCCUGGCUGGAUAAACAAUACAAAAGGGAAGAUUAUUAUCCGCCAAAAUGGAUUGGGAUGAGCUGACGUCAUACAAGCUGUGAUAAAGACCGUUGUCUCGUUUA